AUGCGAGACCUUUGUCCAUCAGAAUUCUACAUUGAUAAAACUGGACGUCAGUUUCGUGUCAUAAUUCUUUCAAAUUCUUCUAAAAAUCUUCGUAAUCAAACACCUAUUCUCAAUCCUUUGCCAUUCUACUCAGAUCCUCCUAAUCGUCGUCCAAAUGGUCUAACCAUUCAACCCGUUCAUAUGUCUCUGACAGCAUCACAGAUGUCAGCGUUCUCUGCCCCGAAUAGUAGUUCAUUGGGAAACAAUGUUGGUACUGGUGCUUAUGGUAAUCAUAAUAAUAACAAAGAUUGUAGUCCAAUUGUUGAUUCGGUACAGGAAAAUCUAACGUUAACACCAUUCAGCGUUGGUAAUUCAAUGCCUCCAAGUUCUUUCCAAAGUUUUAAGGCUAAUCACUUGAAUACUUUGACAGAAUAUUGUGUUUAUUUAUUCAUAUACACGAAUAUUAACGAGCUUUUAGAAUGUUGUGAACUAAUUAAACAUGAAUCAUCAAUUUCCACUGUCCAAAAGCCGAUAAAAGUUUUGGCUUACUUAUACUGCAGUAAUUAUGACGCACUUGAAGAAAGAAAUGUAAUCCUCUCUGGACUAAUGGCUUCAUCGCGUUUUAGAAUACCUUAUUUGGCUGUAAAUUCUGAAUCAGUAGCAGUGUUUCUGGAUAAUCUCCUCUACUUAACAACUAAUACCCAGAUAGAAAAAGAUCAAACAACAUAUACUUCCAAUUCUAAUAUUUCUUUUAUUGACUGGAGAAGUUUCAUAAAUGUUGAUUAUUUAUCCAUUCUUACAGAAUUCAUUUGUCUAUCAGAAAACUUUAUGGAUAAGCUAAUUACAGAAGAUAAAUUCCAAUUUGUCGGACUAUUAACAGCGUUAAUCCUGUCAAACUGUAAUAUGGUAUCCGGUUGUACUGAUUCACAUAGUACAAACCGCAAAUUAUUCUUUGUACCUUCAACAAUUUAUCGCGAAGAUCCGCAAUCGUAUUGUAAAAGUAAAAAGAAUUCCUCAUGCAUUUACGUGCAUUUUGUACAAUUGGACGAAGUUAUUGAAUCCGUUUUAUGCCAGUCUCCUACGUUCUCAACGGCUUAUAGUCCUCGUGCCCUACUUAUCCACUAUUCUUCAUCUUCCUGGUCCGAAGUUGGAAUUGAUAUUGAAGAUUCUCUCAAUAAACUUUGCUCUGCAUUUGAUUUAAAUACUUUUAGUGAAUACAAGUUCACUCCAGUGAUAUUACUUGUCGCGUUUCACUCAGGAUCUUCUCAACAAAUCCCUGUAGAAGCUGAAGGCAUUAUCCAUGGGUUAAAACUUAUUCAACGCUUAGCACAUGACUAUAGUUGCCCACUUCUUUUACCAUCAUCAGAAUACGAACCAGUGAAGGUACAAUUUAGAAAAAAUUCAAUCUCUUCUGGUGUGUCUACAGAAUGUGAAAGUGACCACAUCAACAUGUGCGAAAAUAUUCAGUCUAUAAAAGAUAGUGCAAAAUUUUCAUUGGGUUUUUUAUCUGUUUCUCGGUCGGAUGAUGUAAGAGCUGAACUGUACAAACGCAUUUUUGACGGAGAGUUCAGCAGUUGGUACUCUAGUUUCGAAAUGACUAAAAAUCUAUCUGAUAACUCGGUUUGUUCUAACGUCGUUGCCAAUAAUAACAAUUACUUCUCAAACACACACACAUCAAAAUGUUCAACAUCCUCAAAAAGUCCCACCGAAAAACCACAAUUUGCACUUGAUUCUCAACAUGUGAGCUCUAUCUGUUCAUCAAUCCUCCAUAAUCCACCAAACGAUGUAAUUACACUUCCUUGGCUUCCUCUUAGUCCAACUGAUGCAUUUAGUUUCCAGAGUUUAAGGUCACUUACAACUCAAAACUCUUUUUCUAGAACUCCUUGUCUGGAAACUACUCAUGCAAAUAUUAUUCAAACACUUGACAAUCAUAGGCAACUGUCUCGAUCAAAUAUACUCAAUUCUACAGAGUGUGGUAUCUUACCUUCGACAAUAUGUGAACAAAUGUGUCAGAUGUCUCAGGCUGGUGUAUUUUGUUCAGUAUGUCCACAGUCAUGUUCCACAGCUGUCCCUUUACCCAGUAUUAACUCUUCUGUAGAAGAGUAUUACGCCGAACUUCCCAAAGUAACUCAAUCAGUUACUUUAGAACUGGAUUCACGUCGUCCUCAUCCUAAUCGACCUAAAAGACCUCAUCCACGUACCGAUUCCGCUCAUUCUCAUUCACCGUCUCCGUUAUUAUCCAACGACCAAAAUUUAUUACCAACAACCACAGCUUUCAAUCAGUCGAUAACUGACCUGUGUUCUAGAAAUGAUCUGUCCCAUAUUAAUGGUCACCAAACAUUAGAUAAUGGUUCAACCGUUUAUGCUGAAGUUAACGAUGCCUUCGUUUACAAAACACUUCCUCAUUGUUCUUCAUCAGGUUUCAUUCCUACCAAACUAUCCUCACUUGUAGAUCAUUAUGAAUUAACAGAUUCUGUACAGCAACUUAAUAAUUUAACUUUGUAUCCGAAUCUUUCAAAUUCUCCGUACACCUCCAAAAUCCGUGAUAAUACUCAUGUAAAUGGCUCCCUUGUUUUAAAUAAUACACGCGAAAUGUGCCAUUCAAAUUCAUCGCGCGUGAAUCCAUUGUCGAAUAUCUUUUCGCAAUGUAAAGCUUCUGCUGAUGCUUCCUUUGGAAGAACUAGCUUGCAGUUUAAUCCGAGACAUACAAACUUACCAGCUCUGCCUUCGAACGAGAUUUCAACCUCCAUAUCAACUCAUUCAGAUUCAAAUUUCUCGUCGCUUCCAUUUUUUUGUAUGCCUACUCAAGCGACACGUUCCGUUUUAUGCCCCUCUUAUUCCAACAGUUGUUCCACCCCAUUAUGUUCUUGGUCUACAUGUAGACAGCACGCGGUAAAUUUCAGUAGAUUUUCGAGAGUACCAAAUGUUUCGGCUUCUGGCUUGCAGUGUGCUCCAAAUACUUCUCCCCUCAAAUCUUCUACGUUUCUUGGACAUGUGAUGCCCACAGAAGUCCCGUGCGAAUCUCUCCCUGUUUCUCAGUUGAACCAAAAAAAAAAAUUGACUUAUGUUGUUGAUUCGGCUGUCACUAACAUAUCACCUGUUACAUCCGACUUGUCAAAUAAUCGAAAACGAUUUCCACGGAAUAUUUUAUCCAGUGCUAUAAAGCGAUAUAAUAUUUGGUCACGAUAUAUGUUGAACAAUAGUCAUAACUCAAAAACUUAA